GAGAAAUUGUGGUGAUGUGCUAGUUCCUGAAAAGAUAUGUGACUUAAGAGAUUUGAAGAGAGUGCUAGAGAUCAUCGAACAGACUCGCAAGGAUAUCAGCGCGGAGCCUUCUGAGAAAGCCCGUCAUCUACUGAGAUUGGUGUCGACGUUACUAGAGCAAGUAAGCGGCGAACAUUUUGCAUGCGAGUUGCUAGAAUGGCAUUUGGAGGUGCUGAAAUUCUUGAAGAGUCAAGUUGAUCUCGUUUUGAAUAAUGCCAGCCGUUAUCCCCCAGAUUUGUUGGUUUUUUCUAGCCUUUUGUUCACCAUUUCCCCUCAUGCAUACAGAUUCUUGAGAAAUUCGAUGAAACUUAAGAUGCCGCAUCCUGAUACUAUCAGGAGACUGUGUUCAUCGUGUGAUAUUAACCCCGUAAAGGAGCAGCAAGAAGCUAGCUUUCUUUCUUAUGCCAAGCGGAUUGUAAGCACACUUCAAGAGCAUGAAAAGACUGUGACAUUAAUGCUUGAUGAGGUUCAUCUGCAGUCUUUUUUCGAUUACAAGGCUGGCUUUGUAACUGGCGCUGCGGCAAAUUCAUCAACUGCGGCAAAGACUGCCCACGUAUUUAUGAUACAGAGCCUUCUUUCUUCAAACAAGGAUGUUGUACACAUUCUUCCCGUGGCGCAAAUUGAUGCUAAGGCACUACAUGACUUCCUUCGGAAGCUUAUUCUUGAUCUCGAGGCAUCUGGUUUUAGAAUAAUCGCAGUGAUCUCAGACAAUAACUCCAUAAACAGAAAAGCUAUGUCCUUCUUCGCUAAGCCCGCAAGUGUCAGCAUUGUUUACCAGCAUCCUGCUGACUCAUCGCGACCCCUGUUUUUCGUGGUGGACCCAGUUCACUUACUAAAGUGUACAAGAAAUAACUGGCUGAAUCAACGAAACAUUGGAAAAUGCAUGUACUUUCCUGAACCAAAAAGUUAUGAGGCUGAACCAAAGAUACUUACAGCAUCUUUCAAGGUAUUGUGCGAGUUGCACGAAGCUGAAAAGCAUGAGCUCUUGAAGUUAGCGCCAACUCUCACUUUGAAAGCGCUGAACCCCUCCAAGAUGGAACGACAGGACGUUAAGCUUGCACUAAAGGUUUUUAACUCAUCAACUGUUGCUGCUCUCAGUACCGCAACGUUCCAGCAUGCUAAGGAAACAUCUGAGUACAUUGACACCAUAUUGACUUGGUGGAACAUCGUUAACGUAAAGACGCCAAGAAAAGGACAGCGGCUGCGAGAUCAUUUGCAAGGGCCAAUAGUAUCAUCGUUGUGUCCGCAGCUCGAGUUCCUGCAAAAAAUAGUUGAGUGGCUUGAUCACUGGGAAAGCCUCAGACAUGACAAUGGCCGCCUUACACGUGAAACGCACGCAGCUUUCAGCCACACUACCCACGCCUUGCACGAACUAGCCAUAUACUGCCUGGAAGAGCUUCAUUUUGAGUACGUUCUUUUGGGCAAAUUUCAAACUGACUGCUUGGAGGAUCGCUUCGGAAAGUAUCGGCAACUGUCGGGUUCGAAUUACCAUGUGUCAAUAAGGCAGAUAUAUGAAUCUGAAAACAAACUGCGUUUGCAGAAGGUUUUGGACCUGCCAGAUUUAGACAUGCUACCAGCUCCGAGUGCGAAUACAUGGAGGACAGGUGUGCCGUCUGCUCACGGCCAGUUUGACGUCGCUGUGACUGAUUCUGACAUUCAGAAAAAAGCGUCAAGGCUUCCUGCAGUAACAUACGUUGCCGGCUAUUGUGCCCAUGCAGCUUUAAAGAAAUUGGCAUGCGGAUCUUGCAGGGAAAACCUUGUGAUGCAAGACGUCGACCUAGAUGAUGCUGAGAAUGCAUUAAUCACGAAGAUGUCGAGGGGUGGGCUGAAGUUUCCACGAGCAGUUGUAGUUAACGCUGUGCUGUUUACUGAAAUUAUAUUAGACAAGCUCAGGGCACCAGAAUACUCUGCGCGAUUUCUCAGCCUUCCUAUGCAGAAAGACACUCUUGUCAGCCUUGUGUUCUCUGCCCUUGCAGACUAUGAGGACCUAGAUGUGUGUGAUUCUGGUCAUUCUGCACAGGAAGUAAUGGAGCAUGUUGUAAGUGCUGCAGCGAAUACACUACUGAGCAACUUGUGCCGCACUGAAAACGACAAAUUACGUAAUGCCAAGAAUGAGCGAAAGCUAAAGACCUUGAAGACCUGAGAGCUGUUUCUCGUUCCUUAUGUUUUAUUCAUGAUGCUCUGUUUUUUGGAAGAUAUUUGUAUGCUUUUGUUGACAGAACCCUUGUAAAAAUUGUGUGCCGUAGCUAGGCUUCACUUGCGCACAACAUCAUCAUAUAAACGAUGCAUUUUGUCCAUU